AUGACGGACGCUACGGUCGCGGCGGGAGUGACGGCGAUCGUCGACCCGCUGCUUCGCGCCGUCGUUUGCGCCCCCGUCGACCCCGCGCACUACCCGCUACUGCAGCCCGCCACCCGCGCGAUUUCCACUGCUGCAGCCCGUCGCCCGUCCUGUCGCACUGCCGCCCGUCGCCAGAUCCCCGCCACCCGUACGCACUCCGCUGCCCGUCGCCAGGUCUCCGACCGCCCUCCCGUCGACUUCGCAACUGCUGUGAAGGGAGUGGCGGGGGUGGCGAGAGUGGUGGGAGUGGCGGGAGAAGCUGCUGCUACGCCAUUGCACGCGCCAAAUCGUCCGCGACCCGCACCCCGCACCCCGCCCGUCGCCCGUACGCCACCUGCACCACCUGGCGCCGAUGCCGGGGGAGGUUCAAGGGGUGUGGGUGGUGAAAUUUCAACUGCAGCAUCAUCCGCCUCCUCCUCCUCUCAUCCCUUGCCCCGUGCCCAUGCCCGUGCUGUCCGCUUGUGUUCCACGUGCCCUUGCUGUCCGUACCCGGUUGUGCCCCGCCAGUCUCACCCGUGCUGUCCGUACCCGGUUGUGCCCCGCCAGUCUCACCCGUGCUGUCCGUACCCAGUGCCCCCCGUGUUCCCGUGCUGCCCCCCGUGUUCCCGUGCUGCCCCCCGUGUUCCCGUGCUGCCCCCCCGUGUUCCCGUGCUGCCCCCCGUGUUCCCCCCGUGUCUUGCCCGUUCAGCCCGUGUCCUGCCCCGUUCUGCCCGUGUUGCCCCGUUCAGCCCGUGUUGCCCCGUUCUGCCCGUGUUGCCCCGUUCAGCCCGUGUCCUGCCCCGUUCAGCCCGUGUUAUGCCCUGUUCUGCCCAUGUUGCCCCGUUCAGCCCGUGUCUGCCCCAUUCAGCCCGUGUUUUGCCCUGUUCUGCCCGUGUUGCCCCGUUCAGCCCGUGUCCUGCCCCGUUCUGCCCGUGUUGCCCCGUUCAGCCCGUGUCCUGCCCCGUUCUGCCCGUGUUGCCCUGUUCUGCCCGUGCUGCCCCGCUCUGCCCGUUUGUGCCCUACCCGUGCUGUCCGUACCCGUUGGUGCCCCACCCGUGCUGUCAGUUCUCGCUCGUGCCCCACCCGGUCUGUGCUGCCCGGUCUCGUGCUGCUCGUGACCCCCGUGCGGCCCGUCCCGUACAGCACCUAGUUGCUACCCGAACCCGUUACCCGUACCCGUGCUCCUCGCACACCGUGCACCAGCUGCGGGGCAUUCAACCGCAGCCGGGCACCUGUUCCACCGCGGUGGUUCAGAUGCUGCUUGGUGGUUGCUGCUUGUCAGCUUCAGAGGGGGCCCCUUGCUGGUGUUCCCACGCCCUGUAA